CACAACACAUCAAAAUUUGAGGUAGAUAGGCGAGGAGAAGACCACAUCAGGUUCUACUCUGUAGGACUGGUUCAUCUUUGCUUUGAUAGAUUUUAGAUAGUUAGAUUUUUACAAAUCUGAACUUACAAAGAUACAUGUAAGGUCAAAUCAAGAUUUACAACUAGUAAACAAAGGCAAAUCUGUUUAGGCGCCACCAUAUUGGGCAAGGUUCUCGGUCUAGAUGACCUGGAAUUCCGAGUUGAAUGACCAGCGCACAUUUCCAUGUCUUAGGACGGGUUUCUCACAGUUCAUUUAUUCAUCUUGAGUUCCUGCUUUGUCCUGUUUACUGCACAAGCAGUCUAACCUUGAGUGCAUAUUUGACUAAAGCAAUAUUUAACCACUACUUUCAGUACUGGUUGUGUAACAACCUGUUUUUUGUGUAACGAAACACUUAAGUUCCAAAAAACAAAUCCAAAAAUUGUAAUUGUUUAAAAAAACAAAAAUCUCCAAAAUGGUGUCAUUUUAGCUCAUUUGAAUUACUGCCACUGAUUAGGGACUAAUUAUAGUCAGGUGAAGCCUAAUGAGUCUUACUGAGGUUAAGGGUGAAGCUGUGUGUGGUUCUUGUAGAAAAGGAACUCAUGGAGUCUCACUGCUUUAGUGCUAUUGAUUGUGGAGUAUCAUUGUGUUACUGUGAAACAGCAAUCUUUGUCUACCAGACUCUGCGAGUAAACCUCGGUCUCUCAGAGGGGCUCUUGCUACAAACCUCUGGACACAGCAGACCUAAAAACCUUUCAGAAUGACAGACUCCAAGUACUUCACCACAAACAAGAAAGGAGAGAUAUUUGAACUGAAAGCUGAGCUGAACAAUGAGAAGAAAGAGAAGAGGAAGGAAGCGGUGAAGAAGGUGAUAGCUGCCAUGACCGUAGGCAAGGACGUGAGCUCUUUGUUUCCAGAUGUGGUGAACUGCAUGCAGACCGAUAACCUGGAGCUGAAGAAGCUGGUGUAUCUGUACCUGAUGAACUACGCUAAGAGUCAGCCUGACAUGGCCAUCAUGGCCGUCAACAGUUUUGUGAAGGACUGUGAAGACCCUAACCCUCUCAUCCGUGCCCUGGCCGUGCGCACUAUGGGCUGCAUUCGCGUGGACAAGAUCACCGAGUACCUGUGCGAGCCUCUGAGGAAGUGCCUGAAGGACGAGGACCCGUACGUGAGGAAGACGGCGGCCGUGUGCGUGGCCAAGCUGCAUGACAUCAACGCGCAGAUGGUGGAGGAUCAGGGCUUUCUGGAUUCCCUCAGGGACCUGAUCGCCGACUCCAACCCCAUGGUCGUGGCUAACGCCGUGGCAGCUCUGUCUGAGAUCAGCGAGUCUCACCCCAACAGCAAUCUGCUGGACCUGAACCCUCAGAACAUCAACAAGCUGCUCACGGCCCUGAACGAGUGCACCGAGUGGGGGCAGAUCUUCAUCCUGGACUGCCUGUCCAACUACAACCCCAAAGAUGAGCGCGAAGCCCAGAGCAUCUGCGAGCGCGUCACCCCACGUCUCUCGCAUGCCAACUCGGCUGUCGUGCUGUCGGCCGUCAAGGUCCUGAUGAAGUUCCUGGAGCUGCUGCCAAAAGACUCGGACUAUUACAACACGCUGCUGAAGAAGCUAUCUCCUCCUCUAGUGACGCUGCUCUCCGGAGAGCCCGAGGUCCAGUACGUAGCCCUGAGGAACAUCAACCUCAUCGUGCAGAAGAGGCCUGAGAUCCUGAAGCAGGAGAUCAAAGUGUUCUUUGUGAAAUACAACGAUCCCAUCUACGUCAAGCUGGAGAAACUGGACAUCAUGAUCCGACUGGCCUCUCAGGCCAACAUCGCCCAGGUACUGGCUGAGCUGAAGGAGUACGCCACCGAGGUGGACGUGGACUUCGUGCGCAAGGCGGUCCGCGCCAUCGGGCGCUGCGCUAUAAAAGUAGAGCAAUCAGCUGAGCGUUGUGUGAGCACCCUGCUGGACCUCAUCCAGACAAAAGUGAACUACGUCGUGCAGGAGGCCAUCGUGGUGAUCCGAGACAUCUUCCGCAAAUACCCUAACAAGUACGAGAGCAUCAUCGCCACUCUGUGUGAGAACCUGGACUCCCUGGACGAGCCGGACGCACGUGCCGCAAUGAUUUGGAUCGUGGGCGAGUAUGCGGAGAGAAUCGACAACGCCGAUGAACUUCUGGAAAGCUUCCUCGAGGGCUUCCACGAUGAAAGCACUCAGGUUCAGCUCACCUUGCUUACAGCCAUAGUGAAGCUGUUCCUGAAGAAGCCUUCAGAGACACAGGAGCUGGUGCAGCAAGUUCUCAGCCUUGCCACUCAGGACUCUGAUAACCCCGACCUGCGAGAUCGUGGCUACAUCUACUGGCGUCUGCUGUCUACCGACCCGGUGACAGCCAAAGAGGUGGUGCUGUCCGAGAAGCCGCUGAUCUCGGAGGAGACGGAUUUGAUCGAGCCCACGCUGCUGGACGAGCUCAUUUGCCACAUCGGCUCACUGGCCUCCGUCUACCACAAGCCGCCUAACGCUUUCGUGGAGGGCAGUCACGGCAUCCACCGCAAGCACCUGCCCAUCCAGCACGGCAGCAUCGACACUGGUGAGAGCCCGGUUAGCGGUGGCCCGGCUUCCGCUAUCGACCAGCCCCAGGUGAUUCCAUCUCAAGGUGACCUCCUGGGUGACCUUCUCAAUCUCGACCUGGGUCCUCCAGUCAACGUGCCACAGGUCUCGUCCAUGCAAAUGGGAGCCGUAGACCUUCUAGGAGGCGGUCUCGACAGUCUGCUUGGAGGAGACCUUGGAGGAGGUGUUGGAGGCAGUCCUGCAGUUGGCCAGAACUUCAUUCCAUCUUCAGUUCCCAACACUUUUGCUCCGUCUCCUACCCCAGCGCCCAUCAGCAGCGGCCUGAAUGACCUGUUUGAACUUUCCACAAGCAUGGCCAUCAGUACUGGGGGUUACGUUGCACCUAAAGCUGUGUGGUUACCAGCAGUCAAGGCGAAAGGGUUAGAAAUUUCCGGGACGUUCUCCCGCCGUCAGGGUCACAUGUACAUGGACAUGACUUUCACCAACAAAGCCCUGCAGCACAUGACCGACUUUGCCAUCCAGUUUAAUAAGAACAGUUUCGGAGUGAUUCCUACCACACCUUUACCCAUUCACACUCCUCUAAUGCCGAACCAAAACAUCGACAUCUCCCUGCCUCUGAAUACCAUCGGACCCGUGAUGAAGAUGGACCCUCUCAAUAACCUCCAGGUGGCUGUGAAGAACAAUAUCGACGUCUUCUACUUCAGCGUGCUCAUUCCGCUCAACGUCUUCUUCGUCGAGGACGGCAAAAUGGAGCGCCAGGUAUUCUUAGCUACAUGGAAAGACAUUCCCAAUGAGAAUGAGCUGCAGUACCAAAUCAAGGAGUGUCACUUAAAUGCCGACACUGUGUCAGGCAAGCUGCAGAAUAACAACAUCUACACCAUCGCCAAGCGGAACGUGGAGGGCCAGGACAUGCUCUACCAGUCCCUGAAACUCACUAACGGCAUCUGGAUCCUCGCCGAGCUCCGCAUCCAACCUGGCAACCCCAACUACACGCUCUCCCUGAAGUGCCGAGCUCCAGAGGUCUCUCAGUACGUGUACCAGAUGUAUGACGCCGUGCUGAAGAACUGAAGAUCUAAACCUCUCCACAAACAGUCUUUCCUCCUAUCAUUCCUGUGGUACAAGAACAAACUACACCUCUUCGCAUUUCUCUUUUCUAGGAUCUGUAUUGUUCCCCUGCUCUCUAUAGUGUCCUGGUAGUAACCAUAUGCUUCAGCCAAAGUGUCUGUGUUGUGGAUAAAAGUUGUAGGUGGUGCAUUGUGCCUCUCAGUCACAUUUAUUAUAUGCCUACUAUUAUAAAAAUGUCCAUGAAUGGAGUGUGACUGUAUUUUUUUUCCUUGCAUACACUUGCACAUGCCCUGUAUUUGCCAUGCUUGAUUAUUCCACUCGACAAAAAUGAUUCAACGAGUCAGGCGGUUUUUCAGUGCAAUUUCAGUUUCCCGUUCUCAGGCAGAGUAAACAGAGGUUUUUGAGCCAGGGUGGCCUUGAGGCAUGAGGGUUCCAGUGCAUGUUUUAUGAGAGUCACCAAUUCUGAACCACUAUUCAAUAGCUCAGUGGGGUAUUUAAUUGUGCUUGUGGGGUAUUUAAUCAUUUGCCUUUAGUCAAAAAAAAAAAAAAAACACACCUGAAAUAGUACCUUGCCAACUGUAUGGAUGUGAAAGGUGCUUCGCAUGAUUUAACUUGUUCUCCUUAAAUGCUCACGCAUAAAUUCCUAAGCUAAUAUUGUGUAUAUUGUUCAGUGUCAGUUACACUCCGUAUUACAAACCACUGCCAUAAAGCAACUAGCAGUCAAUGUUAAGUAUGCAGAUAUUAUUUGGGCACGUGUUCGCUUUCCUUUUCAAGCACUUUCUUAUUCUUCAUUGCCAUUUUAUCGUCAUAUAGCUGUAUGGUUCUGUGCGGUGAUCGUGUACUGUGAUUUAUAUAAAGUAUCGCACUUGCGGAUAUUAGAAAUUGCACUUCCACUAACAUUGUACGAGCCUGAACGUCAUGUCAUUUUUGUGGUGCUUUACGAUAAUCAGUACAGGAGCAGCGCUGUCAAUUGUAUGUUGUUGUAAUAAGGGUAAAUGUCGAUGUGUCCCAUGGAAGCAUUGCUCUAAAGAAACUACUACGCUGCAGAUUGUUAGAUUCUAGCUAAUAUAAAUGUUAAAGCCCGAGCUUAGCUAUUAAGGUCAGCUUAGCGUCAUGUGACCUGUGCAGUAGUGCGUUCAUUUACAGUAGUUAUUAUAAAGCGCAUGAGUAAUCAUUGUAAGAAAAGUAGCUAAACUGCAUCUGUUGUGGGGAAAUUUCUUUUGAAAAAUUGUCUAGAUGUUAAAACAGAAGGCAGUCUUCCUGUCCACCAUAUUUAGAGGCCACCACAGCUAACGCUUUCUCAGUCAUUCCAUCCUCUUUAGUCAUUCCUUGCCUUGACACUUGUUACCAAUGUUUUUGCUUCAUGUAUUUUCAUUUUUGAAUAAAUCUAAUAAAAAAAAUGUCCCUGACCAUAG